AUGGAGUUACGAAACGACCGUGGUGGUAUUUUGGCAAUGAGUUGCACGGAAAUCAAAGACAACCGCAUGUUCGAUCUUUUGCAGGCUGACGACGAUUCGGAUUUAUUGAAGCCGGUUUUGAUUAAGGUGAGUUUUAAAUAUAACCUAUCAGGUCAGAAGAUCGGAUUUUUGUAUUCAUGGUUUUUUUCUGUUUAUUAGUUUCAUCUUAGAUACGAAUUCGUUGGUAGCAUAUUUAUCAUUAUAAUAUUAUGCAUUAUAUAUCGUAUAUAUAUAUAUAUGAUAGCCGCGCGUAUGGUAUCGUUGCAUUAUUUUCGAGUUUUAAAAUUAUAACAUAAUAGGUGAAUGCAUAUUAUUUUCUUAUUUCAAGAAAAUAAUUACACAUUACUAAUUUAAAUUUUAAAUUUGUGUACAGUUUUGUUUAUUAUGAUAGUAUAAUUAAUUUCAUGAACAUGUAACUACUACGUACAUAUCUAUUAUCAUGAUUGAACAGAUAACCGCCCGUAGAAAUGCACCCAUUAUGGAGUCGCACUAGAGCCGUUUGCAUCAAUGAAUCAAUGUUAACAAUUCUAGCGCUCCAUAGCGGCUGCAUCUUACGGGUAAUAGCCAAUUAUUAACACUUCGUGGUUUGAUCGGACAAUUUCAUUGUGAUGUCAUACAACAGAUGUGUUGUAAAUAUUUUUACUGGAUUGAAUAAAUCAAUCAUUUUAAUAUUAUUGUACAGCAAAUGGUCAAUUCCAAAAAAAUUCAAAUUACAUUUUUUCACAUCAUUCAAUCGAAAGAAAAAAAAAUACGCGUCGAUUGUUAUCAUAACAAUAACAUUUAAAUAUAUGUUUUCUUCCAUGAAAUCGGUGAUUAUUGAUACGCAAUUGUCGUAACUCCGAUAAACAAAUAAAAUAAUAUCUACAGAAACCAGCGUAUCUCCAUAUUAUCAGUUACAACCACAGAUAUAUAAAAGAACUAGAUAGCCGCCUAUGGUAUUAUUACUGUCACCAACAAAAUGGCCACCGUCUUUAUCUAAGUGGUGAAUGUUUAUGUUUUAAAUGAUGUUGUAACUGAUAAUGCGGGGUAUUGUAUAUAUGUUGUCAACAUCAUUGAUAGUCGCAAUAGUCGUAACUCCGAGAAGUCUAAAAGAGAAUUGGUCGAAUCUUCAAAAAUGUAUCUAUUAUAGAAAAAACAGACGUAAGUCAAAAAACAAAAAAUGUUAUUUAUUGCAUAAACUUGAUUAUAUUACAGCUAAAAUAUCAACAACUAAUGAAGUAAUAGGUACUAACAAAUAUUUGUUUAGUUAAAUUAGUUAACUUGAAUGAAUGAGAAAUGUUUUCUUUAAUUGUAAAAUUUGGUAUUUUGAAGUUACGCCGUUUGCUAAAUAGGCUAACGAUAUGUUUGUUCGGUUAUCUCUAUCUUAGUUUGAGAAUAGAAAUAAUAUUAGUACGAUUUCUGUUUACCUAACUAAAAUUUGUCUAAUGGAAUUUGUCAAUUUAGUUUUUUAGAUAAGGUAGGUAUAAUGGAAACUUAAUUAAAACAAUUAUAGGUAGGUAUUUCAUAUUUUAUGAUUUUUAAUACACCUAUACGAGUAUUGUAUGCGCAUAAACGUCCGAUUCCUUGUAAUUAUUUACAUUAUAUAUUAUAUAUACAUAUAUAUCUAUUUUUUAAAUAGGGUGAUCAAUUUACUAUAAAUUUGCAAUUUUUUAAGAUGGAUUUUAAGUGAAUUUUAUGUCUGUUGUCAAUCGUUACAGAAAUGAUUUACUAUUUAAAAUUAGUUUAACACAAUUUUCAAGUUUUUAGCCUUUUUCUAACACCUUAAAAUAAUAUACGUUUGUGUUUUUCAAGUAGAAACUCACUCUCAUUUUAACCACAAAAUCGAACAGAGCAUAUUUUUCUAUACAUUUCGAUAUUAUGCAUAACACUUAUAUCAAAUUCACCGUAUAUGGGUUAUUCAAAUUUAAAGUGAAGGAAAGUUAUUAAUGCAUUAUCUAAAAAUAUAUAUGAAUUUAUUAGAACAUACGAUCACUCUGUAUGUAAAAAAAGCGGUGGUAACUUACACGGAAUAACGAUUUCUCACAGAACGUGUCUAGACAUCAUGUCGAAUCGUCCGGCUCGGCCAAACACACAUUUUGGAAAGCCAACGCUAAACGGACGGCUGUCCGAGGGAACCUGCAAGCGCCAGUUCACGUUUACGAUUUCAUCGUCACCCUUUAUUAUUGGAGUACGUCAGAACACUACACUCUGCCCGGAUCGAAAUGCUCAAAGGUAUCUGUAAUACGCCAUUACAAGUAGGUAGGUACUGUAUAAUUCAAAUGUUCGUACGCUGCAAUCUGGGAUUUUUUUUAAUUGACAUUUUUUUUUUUUUUUAAAUACUUUUGUCUGUCGGCCGUUUAAAACUACCGGUCAGUUAUUAUUAUUAUAUAAUGUCGGUAAUUUAGUCGGUUUUUACGUUAGGUUCAAAUCGCGGAGCUGGCCGGCGUGGGUCGGGACAGUAUGAAACCGUUAAAACAUCAAAUCCAAGCGAAUCGCGCGGCGAUGGAGUUGAGCCAACUAUUAGAACACAUCGUAAAAGUAAACGCCAAAGACGACAAACGCAACUCGAUAAAACAUAUGAAAAGUUCGUCCACAUUGACGAUGUUGAAAUAUUUUCAUGAUUCUCUUUUGAAACAAUACACCACGCUUAGGUGAGUUAAAAAUAUACAUAUACAAGUAUAUGUAUAAAUCCAAAAAUCGAUUAUUUUUUAUCGUGUAUCGUAAAAAAUAUUUGUAAAAAUAACUGGAGUGCACACUAUAAUAUAUUAUUAUGCAGAUAGGCAGGUAUUAUAGAUACCAAAAAAUAAAUAAAAAAAUCAAUAAACUCGCAGUCGUUUUGAAGUUUAAUUCUCCGUGUCAUUUUAUAGUUUUAUACGCUGUUGUAUAAAUUUCUUAUUUAAACUUUGUUCGAUUUUUUUUUUUACAUCAAUGACGUGUUCCAAUGGUUUUAUUUUUAGAAACUUUUUUUAUUUACGACACGGUAUAGAUAUCUUAUUACGACGGGUGGAGCGAAAAAUAUUAGCAAUUUCAUAUAAAUCGUUUAUUCGAAUGCAUUAUAUUAUUAUUACUACGAUUUACGAGUAGGCACUAUGUUUAUCGAAUCUUUCAUAACAAAUGAAAAAAUACGGACAAAUAUAGAUUUAUCAAAAAAAAAAAAAAAAUUCUUUAGUAUUGCCACUGGCCGUAACUAUUUUUUAAUCAAUGUGUUUUCCCCCCGUAGGGUCAUAUGCCACAUUAGACCCGAGUUGGAGCUUUUGAACACAAAUAUAUCAGUUUUAGAGUUUGGCAAAUCUUUACGCAGAUUAUCGACUAGUACAGUAGACGUGCCCGUUUCGAGUCCAGAAUCGAUGCAAUUAUAUGCAAGUUUUGUUAAUAUUUAAAUUCGCAAAUUUAUUGUAAAUGAAAUAUGCGUGUGAUAUAUUCUGUGUUAUAGAUACAAACGGAACAUUUGGCGCACGAACUGCAUUUAUGCGGACGUAUGCAAGGUCAAAGAAGUAUGGGCACCAUGACUGCCAAGCGAUACGAACGUCUGAGAAAUAGUGUCUUGAAUUUUUUGAAAUCCGAGACAGACGAUAUAGUUUUGGCUAAAAGAAAUUUCGUGGACAUUUUUACUCUUUUGUCCGUGCUCAGAGAAUACCACGACAAAAUAACGUAUAUUGACUUAAAAUAUAAUUUUUAGUUUUAUUACAAACAUCAUUACGACGCUGAUCGGUAUUAUUGGUUUUAUAGAAAUGAAGAAAACAACGAAAAAACUCGCAACACCCUUAAAUUCGGUAAAAUUGUACAUGAUUACACUUAUUUAUAGCAUUACGAGUAUGUGUGAUUAUGAGUUGUGCCUAUUCGGCGUGUGAAAUUUAUUUACUUAUUUAAUACAGUGGCGUCGAUCUUACUCAAAACAAAUGGGGUAAUUUCCUCGGAAUAUUUUCUCAACGGUUGUGGCGGUUGUAGAGGGUUAUUAGUGGUCUGUCUGAUGAUAUUUUAAGUCGUCUGUGUCUAUUUUUUUUUUAAAAAAAACUAGUAAAAUUAAAAGUUAUCAAAAAAAGUAACUUAUAACGCUGAUAAACAAGUUAUCGCUCAGCUUUGAAUUUAGUCUUUAGUUUUUGGUCGGUAUCUUUCAGCAUUUAUAGAAUGGAAAGAUAGUUUUAUUAAAGAAUUUUCGGUUUUGGUGUUUCGGACACACAUACCUAUAGUCGAAAAUUCGACAUUUUUUUUGAGGUACGCGGAUGGGUAGGUGGUAUGUUAUCUGUAUUUCCUCCGCAGAACAUCAAAUACAGAUCAGCGCUACACGAGUACUUACCUAUACGUCUUAUGAGUAGGUACAUCGUUUUCACCUCGUCGUUUGUCCAUUUAGUAUCAGAGUUAAUAUAUUCUAUAAAAUUCUUCAAGUAUAUAAGUAUGCGCGUUGCGUGAAAAAAAAGGUUUAUUUUAACUCGUUGUUACAGUUUAUGCGGAGAUGUAUUUUCUAUGGCUAACAUGUACGCAUAUUAUAUUGUGAUAUCGGUACGAGUUCGUCAUAAUAUUAGUAUUAUUAAAGUGUACGGCGUACAGUAAGCUAUAGAAUGUCAUCGUCAUUAAUUCAUUUUAUUCCGAGUAAGUAAAAUCUAAACUUUUUAACGAAGGAUUAGUUUAUACAUAUAUAACGAGAGGGAACGAAGGAACUUUGUUUCCCUUACUAUGGAAAUCUUUAUUUAUAUAUUAUAGUACACUUUAUAUUAAGAGUAGGUACCUGUGUACAAUUUUUAUAAACUCGGGAUAAACUGAUUUACCAGUAUUUUUUUCUUCUUUCUUUCUUAUUUUUUAGGACAUUUUAAAAACUUUUAUUCGUAAUUUCAUAAUGCAGGUAUUCUAAAACGUGGAUUGAAUAAAUAUUAUAGGGAUUUACUUUUUCUCUGAACUACGACGCGUUUUUAAUGCGAGGUUUAUUUAAUCAGCAUGUAUAUUAUUGGAUAUUAAAAAUAACCUUAAAAAUUAAAAAUUGUAUCGUAAAUGAAUUCCAAGAAAAAUCAACCUUAUUUUUAAUCAUAAUUAUUGAAUUGAAAUUCAUGAUCUGUAUUUUUUUUUUCUGAAAAUACGUAACAUAAAUGAAUCAACGAGACUCGAUUUGUUAUUUUUUUAUACCAUUGGUAAUUGUUUAUCUUGCUGCUUAGACAGUAAUAAUAUUAUUUUUUUUUUAUACUAUUACUCAUUCAAUUUGAAUAAUCUCGACCUUGACCUGAAAUAUCGGUAUUCAAAUUUCUCCGUCUACGUUGAUGAUGUGUAUGUGUGUACACGGAAUUGAAAUAAAUUUGACAUUUUAAACUUGAAUAUGCAGUUUGAUCGUGAAAACCAAACGAUUUAAAUCGGUAUAGGUCACGUGUUCUUAUUGAGAUAAUAUUUGCAGUUUUAUACUCUCUGUCAAUAUUUUGUCAAAAACACCUAAAAUUUGACAUAAAUUGAGGCGUUUCCUGUGAUUCUGUUUUAAAUAUGUUAAAAUGAGUGUGUUUAUAAAUAAAUCUACUUUGCACAGUUCAAAACAUAAUUUUCAUAUUAACAUUUUUUUACUCAAUUUUUUACCGUUGAAAAUUGAUUAAUGUACCCAAAUUUCAAACGAUUUACUCUCGUAAAUAAUGCAAUAAAAUUUAAAAUGUGCUACAACUAAAUAAAAGUAAACUUGUUUAUGAAUUCAAACGUGUUUUCGUUUUAGAUUCUGAGUGGUGCGAAGAAGCUCAAAGUUUUACAAAGAUGUUUAUUGUUAUUUUUUUUUAUCCGUGAACAACUUUUCUAUCGGAAGACUAGCUUAGAUUUUUAAGUGUAGCACCUUUUUUGAAAGGAAAUCGGUGUGAAUAGGUACUUUAAGGAGGUAAUUUUUUGAUUAUCUUAAGAGUAUUCUCAUCAAAUGCGAAAAACUGAAUAAAAAAGAGAACACGUACGAAAUAUAUUACUUAAAUAUUACGAUAUUUUUCCUGUGUACGACUUAUCUACCAGAAAUUAUGCUCCAACUUAUGAUGAUAGCAAUAUUUCUAAAAGAAAAUUUAAAUAGAAAGUUAUUUUAGGGAGGCCAUUUUUUGAUUUUCUCAGGAGUUUUCUCAUUAAAUUUAAAAAAACUGAAGUAUAAAUACGAAGGAAAAAUAUAGAAUAACUAGGAAAAUCGAUAAAACAUUUAAACUAAUAUUAUUAAAGAAAAUAUAUAAAACCUAUUUAAUUAUUUUACUUUAGUAUAUAUUGUUGAUAAAGCAUCACUAUCAACUGAACUGUGCUCAGACAGGGGUUUAUCGUUGCUUACAGAUAUAAAUUAAAUCACCUAUAACAGUGGCUGCACCCAUCUCUAUUAUCUUAAGACGUCUUUUUUAAAUUGUAGUAUCUAUAUGAACAGGUGUUCAUUAUAUGACUACUUAUGUAUACAUAAAUUCAAAUUUCUUUACUCUUUCAGUCGAAAAAAUCUAAACGCACGGUACACAUUUUAUCGUUUAAAACGAAACCUACUCGUAUAUCCAAACUACUAUGUAUAGGUAUUAUGAAGAAAGUUAGGUUAGUGGGUAUUGGAUAGGUAAAUAAAUUAAUAAUAAUAUAGCCUGCCCAUAGGGCUGCACCUAGUUAUUUGAUUUCAAUAAUAAUUUUCGAGCAGAUUGAAUUAUAAAUUAAUUACAGAAAUAAAUAAAUUAAAAAGUGAUAGUUUUCGUUCGACCUGUGAAGUAUCCGCACAAUAGGACAUAAUUUCCAAUUUAUACGUUUCCCUCCUCGGCUAUACUAUUAGAACAUAUCAUUAUAUUAUAACAGUUAAACACUCCGUGAUAGCAUUUCCGUUUGGUGUGCGUGUUUGCGUGUUCAAUCGGUAUGCACACGUAUUAUAAAAUAUAAUGAUAUUAUUGAUUUUCUAGCGCCUUUCCUCUUGAAAAGUUUAUUGGUGGACAAGAAUGCGGUCAAACAAACGGUAAAUAUUACGAACGUCGACACGGAACGCUGUUAUUAAAAGCUGAUUAAUAUUAUCAUUGUUAUUAUAUGCGCAGACGGAAAAGGUCCAACAGGCGGUAAAUCAAACGCUGCCGGUGUCGACGACCGGACCGGAAUAUUGGGAAGCAUUUGUCGCGGAAAAUCCGUCGGAUUUCUUCGAAUACGAACAAAUGUGUGCCGAGAUUCGCGACGCGCAAAGGUUAAUUAAAAAACAAAACAAAACCGAGACCCGAAAACAAAUAAAACAAUCGCGAGACGGUACCAUGGCGUAAACUCGAUUGCGGUAUAAUUUUGAUAACCUCCCAGUCCCUCAUCACCUGUAUAUAUAUAUAUAUGUACUACGGGUUUCACCGUUUCAAAAACUUACUCACAAAUAUAUAUAAACCGGCGUCGAAAGUUUUUCAAUUUGUGAAAUUGAAUCCCCGCGGGAAAGAUGCAGACGCAAUAUAAAAAUAAUUAUUAUCAUUACCUUAAAAACGAAAACGCGCGCAUCGUUUUUCCGAACAGCGGAUAUACACGCCGCCAGUGGCGUGGCUAAGGGAUUUUCGAUACGCGCAGUAGGCGUCACGGUCGAAAUUACAGGGCGAACGGGUGCAGGUUGGUAUGGAGAACAUCAACGCUAGGCAUGCGGUAUAAACGGAUUAAUGGUGUUUACCCGAUAGUGAACCGUACCGAAUAUUAAGUAGAUAAACGUAAGUAAAGGGACUUUUCGAUGAAAGACCCAUAAAGAUGGCCUGUUACCAACUAUUGAAUCGGACCAAUCUGUAUACUAUCUAACAACGCAUUUUAGCCAGGCCAUUGCCAUUAAAACCGGCAAUACACAAUUUGGUGUCCAAAUCUGUUCACACCACUAUAGGCGCGUGGUGAAUAAUUAGGCUGAGGCAUUUUUGAGACCACGAGUGUAUCAAGCAUCGUUACUUAUGUAGGUACUUAUAAUUGUUUUCCUUGAACUUGAAUGCAUUUGUCCAAGUUGAUAGCUAACAAAAGUAAAAUAAUAUAGGGGAGAGCACUUUAUGUAGGGGUGAGGUGGGUGCUCAAAUAUAAUACCUAUUAUAUUGUGCAUACAUGUUCAAUACGCCAUUGCUCGUCGGCCACGAAGAUUCACCACAAAUUAUUAUUAGGAAACGACUUUGUAAAAAUAUUUUAUGUAAAGUCCUACCCCGGAGUACUUGCAGCAGUAUUUUAUAUCUAGCCGUUUAUUUUCGGUCAAAAAGCUCGCGCCGCAAGCGAUUUUUAUCGACGGCAGUAACUGCACAUUCGCGAUACAAGCGAAGAUAGUUUUUUAUUUUUUUUUUUUUUUUAAAUUUACAUAAUCUCGUUAUAUUGUAAAUCCCGUAUAUUUUACGAGUAUAGGUUCGGAGUUUUUUUUUUUUAUUUUUAUUUGUUUUUCAUUUACCCACAGUCGCCGUCAUCCAUAUUAUAUAGAAACUGCAGGAUUCAGGAUUGAUAGAGAAAAAAAAAAUACACCAUCGUUUUCCGUUCGCGAUAAUUCCCCGACUUCGGAUACGUGUUCGCGAAUAUGUAUUUUUAAUACGUACACUACUUAUUAUCUAACGUAUAAACAAUUAUCUAUAUUAUAAAUUGUCCGGUCAUCGUACUGGUAAACGAAUUUGUUGUAACGGUUAUGCAACGACGUUGCAUAAUGUUUUGAUAAUAAUAUUAUCGUAACUAUUAUAGUUACGGAAUGAAUUCUCGUAUUAUUUCGCGCCGAACAGUACCCCAGUGCACACCAACAUAAAUUCUAACCGCGAUGUGCGCGUGAUAUGCAUUUCUAUUUUAACCAUAUUCUAGGUCGAUAUCGGGAAUAAUCAUGUUUGAAUUUUUUUUUUUUUUAAAUCUAUAUAUCAUUAUAUUACGAACGCGGAACUAUUUAAAAUACGCGGAUUUAAAUUAACGAGCACGAUGUAUGGAUGCACGCUGUUCGAAAUAUUCCAUUUUUAUAUUUGUGUAAUAAUUAAUACAUUUCCGGGAGAUUAUGAACAGUACUUAACCUAUACUUACUUUUAAAUUCGUAUCGAGUACAGUUGUUUGUUAUAUAACAUCAGCAACGUGGAAUGUAAUAUCGGAUUUACUAUGACGCGGGCGAUUUUCUUUUAAUUUUGUAUGGACAACCGAUCCAUUAGGAUCGGUUGUUAAGGCUAUUAAGCCCUAACCAGAAAUUUUGCUACGAUCAAGACAAGAGAUCUGUUUUGUAGAAUUUGAGAUCUAGUUGCUCAUUGUGGAGGUUAUUUUUUGAUUUUCCUUUUAGUAUUUUUAUUAAAGCUGUAGAAAACCGAGAAAAAGAAGAAAAAACAAAAAAGUUUACAAAAAAAAUUGUUUUAGAUUCUAAGCGGAGCAAAGAAGCUUAGGUUUUUAAAGAUGUUUAUUAUUAUUAUUUUUCUUAUCUGUAGAUAACUUUUUUACUAAAAUUCUUGCUCCGAUUUUUGAGUGUGGUACCUUUUCUGAAAAGAAAUCGAUGUGGGGAGGAACUUUAAGGAGGUAAUUUUUCGAUUUUCCUAAGAGUUCUCCCAGAACAUGUGAAAAACCGAUUAAAACAUGGGAAAAUCAGAAAAAGAUUUAGGAAAAAUGAAAAAAUCGGACAGUAUUAAACAAAUAUUAUUAAAGUAAAUAUAUAAUGUCUAUUUAAUUAUUUUACUAUAAUGUGACAUAAUAUAAAUUGUUGACAAAGCAUCACUGUCAACUGAACUCUGCUCAGAAUCGUUUUUUCAUUACCAAUGGUUUAUCGUUGCUUACAGACAUAUUUUUAAUUAUCUAUAACAGUGGCUGCGUCCAUUUUCAUUAUCCUAGGCAUUUUCAGUAAUAUAUUUCUUAUAUUUUUUAGUUCUUUUUUUUGGGUUUUCAAAUUUAAUGAGAAAACCCCCGAGAAGAUCGAAAAAUGACUUGAAUCUGAACAAGUCUUUUGGUAAAAAAAAUGGGUACAGAUAAAAAAAAAAAUAAACAUCUUUGUAAAACAAUAAACUUCUUCGCUCCACUCAGAAUCUAAAAUAUGUUUACCCGAACUUUGCUCGUAUUUUUUCGUGAGCAAUGAUUUAUCGUUAUUGAAAAAAAAAUUAGUUUCCUGGUGAUUGCGCCAAGGAAUUUAAUUAUUGUAAUAAUGUUACCUACCCAUGUAUAAUAAUCUGCAAACAUCAUUGUACACGUGUCACGUAUUUUUUUUUUUUUUUAGAUUGUUCGAAAUCGAUUCGAAAGAAAUAUUGAAGUAUCAAGAAAAUGUAUUACAAUUGAGAGAUAAGAUGGACAAAUUUCGAAGUAAACUAUGAUAAUUAUUUCACACCCGGUAUAAUAUGAUUCAAAACUAAUUACUAAUUAUUAUUGUUACCGUGUGUAACCCCUAAGGGCUACGUUAUCUUAGCGGAAUCGAAGAAUACGAGGCAAGUACAGGCAAUGUAAUUGUUCCGGACAAAGAGAAGCUCAUGUUCCAAAAUAUAAAACGAGCCGACGCAGAAUUGACAAAAGUCAACGAGAAUUUCGUUCAGAAGCUUAACCAUUUGAAUCGAAUUUCGGCCGAACAUAUCAAAAUGAACAUGGAUAUACACUCGCGGUUUACGGUACAAUGUUUUUAA